AUGACCGAUCUUGGCCUCCAUGAUUCUGAAACCUAUAGACCAAAACAUGGGGAGAAACUUUCAAUUUCUUGCUGGACAAAUAUCACUUUUGAGCCCUGUUCGAAGGACUCAUCAUUCUCUCGGAGCUUCUACUGUCUUGUCCUUUCCAAUGAUGAUUCCAAAGGUAAAAACUCAAGUCCCCGGAUUAGUUCCUUUGACCAAAGAAAACUAAGCCCAACAGAUAUAAAGAUUAUCCUGCCUCUUACUGCCCUUUCUAUUCACACUGGGUUGUAG